UUUGCUUUGAUGGCAAGAGGCAGUAGUAAGGGUUGAUUGAAUUUGCUAUUUAUAAGCAGAUUUCUAUAAAAGAACCCCAGUCCCAUUCCCAACACCGACAGUGAAUAUUCUUAAAAUUUUACUAAAAGUUAUUGGAGUGAGAAUUAAGCCUGCAAGUUACUAAUCAUGUGGUUUUCCAAGUUUAUGAACUUGACGCUAGUAGUACUCCUCGUUACUUGCCUGACUGCAUUUGCCUUCCCCCAAAGAGGAAGUCGUCCUGAAAAUGAUCAUGCAAAAAUAGCCAGAAGACUGGUCCACAAGUCUAACUGGGCUAGUACCGGAACUAUAUCUACGGAAGAAGCCAUUAGAGGAUUCCCUAUGGUGAAUGUUAUUCUGAUCGCUGACAGUGGUGUUGACGAAGCAUCCACCGGUAAUAUCUACUUCUACUUGACACCGCUAGACUACACUGCAAAGGAUGUGGAGGGAGAAAAUAAAGUUACAAUGUUAUUAACCGAUGAACAAGACCUAUCCUGCUCGAAAAGUGGAAAUACCCCUAUGGGUCAUAAUUGUCCUCGUGCAAUGAUUUCGGGAAGAGUGAAUAAGCUUGAUCCUAAUAGCGAUGAAUACAAGCGUGCCCAAGAAGCUUUCCUUAGUCGACACCCAUCACUUUCAAGAGUGGUACUUGAUUCGGGAUCGACUUCUCCAAACCAUGGAUUCUUCCUGUGCAAACUGGAUAUAAGCAAUAUUCUAGUUUUCGCUGGGUACACUGGACCCUCGUCGGUAAGCCUUGAUGACUACUUAAAGGCAGACCUGGAGUGAAAACUUAAUGGAGCUUGAGAUCUGUAAUCCGAGUGAUAUCUAAAGUCACGUCAAAAGGGGCGUCAAAGACAAUACUUGAAUGAAAAUUUCGGAAUUGGCCAUAAAUUUCAGGAGUUUUUCCUUAUAACUGUAACUUUUGGAAAAUAAUAAAUGAGAAAAAAAAUAUACGAGAUUUUUGGUCAAGGUA